GUGACCCCGGAAGCGAUCCUGGGGAAGCGGGCGGCAAAAUGGCGGCGCGAGCGGGUGUCGGUGCCGUGUGCCGGCGCCUUUGGCAGGGUUCAGGGACUUUUUCUGUGAACAAUUCUAAGAGCAGUACAGCCAGGAAUGGUGGCUUCCUUCUCAGUACCAAUAUGAAGUGGAUACAGUUUUCAAACCUAUACAUUGAUAUUCCCAAGGAUUUGACCAAGCCUACGAUAACGAUUUCUGAUGAACCAGACACGUUAUAUAAGCGUCUGUCAGUUUUAGUAAAAGGCCACGAUAAGGCUGUAUUGGACAGCUACGAAUAUUUUGCUGUGCUUGCUGCUAAAGAACUUGGUAUCUCUAUUAAAGUACACGAACCUCCAAGGAAAAUAGAGCGAUUUACUCUUCUCAAAUCUGUGCAUAUUUUCAAGAAGCACAGAGUUCAGUAUGAAAUGAGAACACUUUACAGGUGUUUAGAGCUAGAACAUCUAACUGGAAGUACAGCAGAUGUCUACUUGGAAUAUAUUCAGCGAAACUUGCCUGAAGGGGUUGCCAUGGAAGUCACAAAGACAAAAUUAGAACGAUUACCAGAACACAUCAAGGAGCCAAUCUGGGAAACUGGACCAGCAGAAAAAGAAGACAGCAAGUCACCGAGCCUCAGCUAGGCCACUUGUGCCUGGGUUUGAAAUGAGAACAGAGCAGAUGUAUGUGUUUAAAUGAGAUUGCUUGCAACUGAGACAGUUUUGAGCCCACCUAAUGCUGCUGAGCCCAUAACCCUGAUCAGUGGAGAGCAAGACGUGCAACUUUAAUGAUAGAUUGGACUACAGUAGAAUAACUGUGUUAUCUGGGAUUUUAUACAUGUCGUUACUUCAGAUCUUAUUUUAAGAAACGUGAGCAAACUAUUUCGACUACUAUAAGCCAAAAGAAUCAGAUUUUUAUUGUAUUAGUUCAUUCAUCUGACAGUGAGUGUUUGAUGUAUUCCUCACAUAAGGUUUUGUUGUUAUCAUUUGAGGUUUCUGGGAGGAAUCUUUGGUAGUUUUGGUCAAUUUACUGAGCAGUAUAACUUUUCUUACCUACUUUAGUGACAAACUAGCAUAUGCUGAUUUAGGAGUGGUGACCACCAAUUUUACUGCAUUUUAGCAUUAAAUUCUUGAAGUGAGUAGCCUUUGUGGCAGAUCAGGCACAUUUGUGAUGUGCACUGAACUCUUCCUGUAGUCCAAACCCUUACAGGACUGCCUGUGAAAGGGUCACUGUAAUGGAAUUUGAACUCUCAAGAAAUGAUUAUUGAUAUCAUUUCAUUCAUGCUGUGAGUCAUUCAUUCAACAAACUUUUAUGUUGUGUUCUUUGCACCCGGCACUGAAUGAGAAGUAAUGGCUUUUGAAAAUUGAGCAAGGCACAGAUAAAUAUAUUUCCUGAUUGUUUCUUCACUGAUACCCAUUGCCUUUGAGUCAUAGCGACUCAUAGCAAUCGUAAAGGACUGCCCUAUAGGGUUUCGAAAGAGCGACUGGUGGAUUCAAACUGCCGACCCUUUGAUUGGCAGCCAGGCUCUCAACCAGUGUGCCACCAGGCCUUCUCUUCACUGAUAGAAGCCCUUUUCUUUUGGCUAAUGGUACUCUUUUUGCUUGCAGAUGUCUGUUAUUCCAUGAAAUUAAACUGUAGUUAAAGCACUGAAAGAAGCAAGACACAAAGGGCUGAAACAGCGUAUUAACCUCAAGGGAGCAAUUCAUUUCCUUUUUACAGCAGAAUCAGGUCUGGAUCUUUUGUGGUUUCCUUCACAAUUCUGGGGUAGUUAGGACUUCUCAGUUUUCCCCCCUUAAACUGGAGUGCCUGUAGUCUUCCCAGUCAACUAUCAGGUAUCAGUGUUUUGAAUACAUACUGCUUAUGUAUGAGAUUUACAUGACUGUCAUUAACAUUAAAAGAAUAGCUGCCCUGUGCCCCAUGACCUCAUUCCACUAAUAGCUCAGUUGUCGAGUGUCAUUCGUAAAGGGCCAAAGCAGAAAUCCCAAGGAUAAGCCUCAGGAUAAAAAACUAGUCUAUGAAGCAAGAGUGGUAUAAUGGUAACUGUCUACCAAAGCAGCAAUUCAUGACACAUUUUCAUUUUAAAAGAAAUAAUAAUUCUUUAAAAAUGUAGACCCACACCUAAGCAGUUUUUUUUUUUUUUUUUUUUGGUUUU